AGUCAUCUACGCUGUCGCGCAAGUGGCAUGGACAAGACUGGCGACCUGAUCGUUGAUCAUACUCAGUUUCCGGACGACUUUCUGGACACUGCUGAGAGUAUGGAGCGGAGAAGCUUCUAUGGACGGUGCCUCGGCCUUCAUAGCUAUCUAAGCCACUGGGCCAACCAGCUCAACGUUCCCGUGGUGUCCGUUGACUACAUGACGGCCCCCGAGCACCCGCACCCACGUGCCGUCAACGACUGUUUCUACGCGUACGCCUGGGUGCUGAGGAACGCCACCAGCCUGGGCACCACUGCCGAGAAAGUCAUCCUGGCCGGCGACUCGGCCGGAGGUAACUUUGUCUUCGGAGUGGCAUUCCUCGCUGCGCAGUACCAGCUUCGGAAGCCAUGUCUGGUGCUGGGCGCGUACCCUGCUCUGAAAAUCUCACUGGAUCUGUCACUGGCACGCUGCCUAAGCGUAAUGGAUCCGCUGUUACCCAUUAGAACGCUGCGGGCAUGUUUGAAUGCGUACCGGGGGAGUGGCAGGUGAGAUACCAGUUCUUCU